AUGAAGACAUUUAUUUAUCUUGCUAUUUGUGUAUUACUUUUCGUCGUUUCAACUUCGGAUGCUAAACGUUUAUUUUAUGACAAUGAUAAUGAUAUGGAAUUAACAGAUAAGAAAGCUCGAAUGUUUCUUCGUUCAAUGUUAAAUGGUGAUAGUGAUAAUGAUGAUACAGGAUCAUUGGAUACUCGUGAAUUCGGCAAAAAUUGUGUUCGAUGUAAAUUCGGCAUAAAUCCUUGUUGUGCACCGAAUAUUUGUGUUAAGAAGAGAUUUCGUCCAGAUGAAUGUAUGGAAAUUAAAACAGGCAAAUAA